UAAACAUACGCUGGAAGGACGUCUUUGACAGCCACAUUUCGCUGUUUUUGAAUUCAUCGUCUCGCGCUGGAGCGCCGCGAUUUUGAACGCACGUCAACUGUUUUAAGCGCGUCUCUGGACAUGCUUUCUCGUCUUUACGUUGCGCUGUCUAAUUUAUUUUUUUAUUUUAACUCAAGAACGCGUUCGAUCUGAACGGCCUCUUAAACAUAGACUAUGCUGGGUAACUUCAAACAUUUGAAGAAUUUCCCUCAAUUAAAAUAAACAGGGUGGCACAGGCUCUCAAUGACAUCAAUGGAAAUGAAGGCCGUCCCAUGAACGCUUCGCCGCUGCGCACAUCGCAGGAGGGUGAGAGACUGACGUCAGGUCAAGUGAAAAUAUGGCCAGAGAAUAAACCUGCUCUACCGGAAUACAUCGCUGUUUGAGGAUUAUCCGUAGAAAAGUGCGGAGAUAUCUGUGAUGGUGAUAAAAUGAUGGUUGGACGGAGAGACAGUCUGUUUAUGAAGGGAGCGUCUUCCUUCAGUGCGUGACGGUGAAAUAACAUAAACUUCAAAUAACACAAAUUGGUCACACAGAAAUGGCGAGUGAUCGGGUGGCCAUCCUUACGGAUGACGAGGAGGACCGGAAGAGGAAAUAUGUCCUAUCUGAUCCAUUCAAUACCCUGUCCCUGUCUACCCCACCCAGUCAAACAGCACCCCCAGCCCCUACCAACACACUCCCUUCCCAACCCUCUCAGAGUAUGGGCUGCAUGGAGAGGUGCUGUGCGCGAUUAGACAAUCGUCUCUUGAUAUCCAAGAUCUUCUACUUUUUCUUUUACUCUGCAUAUGGCUCCUUACACCCCUUGCUGGCUGUAUACUACAAGCAACUGGGAAUGACACCCAGCCAGAGUGGCCUGCUAGUAGGGAUCCGUUAUUUCAUUGAGUUUUGCAGUGCGCCAUUCUGGGGCAUUGUGGCGGACCGCUACAAGAAAGGAAAGGCAGUUUUGCUAUUUUCUGUUUUCUGCUGGGUAGUGUUUAACUGCGGUAUUGGCUUUGUCAAGCCAGCAACUAUGAGCUGUGUCAUGAAGGACCCAACUAUGGCGCUACCAGCCAAUUUGACAAAUAAUACGCUAUCUGGCAACCAUACCAGACAACGAAGAUACUUGAUAGAAGGUUUAUAUUCUGAAUAUGGACCUCACUCUAGACACAUUAGAAGUUUGAAUGUAAAUACCACAAACGCUCCCAUUAGUAUGCCAUCUAACUCGACAACAGUGUCGCCCCUUGCCUCUACGGUCACAUCAAAAUCUACCUCUACUACUGUAAUACGAACUACAAGUGCCAACCUCAGAGAGUAUAUCAUAAUCUUCAAUAAGGAACAAGUAGACACUAUAUUCCUCUUGAUUCUGUUGGUGAUUAUUAUCGGCGAGUUCUUCAGUGCCCCAGCUGUGACUAUUGUGGAUACGGUCACACUUCAGUACCUGGGCCAGCACCGGGACCGUUAUGGACUCCAGAGGAUGUGGGGAUCUCUGGGCUGGGGUAUUGCAAUGUUGUCAGUAGGCAUAUGGAUUGACCACACGCACAUCACCAUCUUAAUCCAGGGCUCUGGUUGCAUCCUGCCCGACUACAAGAACUACAUGAUUGCAUUUAUAGCUUUUGGAGUACUGAUGACCUCUGCUCUUAUUGUGGCCACUCAGUUUAACUUUGACAACAGGGUUUACUGGUCAGGUGAGGUGGAAGCUAAGAAGGAGGAUGUGGAAAUACCUCAAGUCAUUCAGGAGGUGACCCUUCCCGAGUCUUCUUCAGAUGAGGCACCUGUGUGUCCUGAAAGCAACCCCCAACAUUUUCCCUUUAAAGACUUGUUCCGAAUACUUUGUGGCAUCCGGUAUGGUACUGUUCUCUUUGUGGCCUGGUUCAUGGGGUUUGGUUAUGGCUUUGUGUUCACCUUCCUCUACUGGCAUCUAGAGGACCUGAAGGGUUCUACCACUCUCUUCGGCGUCUGUUCCGUGCUCAGCCAUUUGUCUGAGCUUGCUGCCUAUUUCACCAGCCACAAACUCAUUGAGCUAGUUGGACACAUCAGAGUCCUCUAUAUUGGGUUGGCCUGCAACACUGCACGCUAUCUGUACAUCUCUUACCUGGAAAACGCAUGGAUAGUUUUACCCAUGGAGGUGCUUCAAGGUUUGACCCAUGCUUCAGUGUGGGCAGCAUGCAUCUCCUAUUUGAGCGCAGCCGUCCCGCCAGCCUUGCGCACCUCAGCCCAGGGGAUCCUGCAGGGUUUACAUCUGGGGCUAGGGAGAGGCUGUGGAGCAAUGCUUGGAGGAGUUUUUGUCAACUUUUUUGGUGCUGCAGAAACCUUCAGAGGCCUUGGAAUGGCCUCGCUGGUCACAUUACUCAUCUUUUCUCUAAUUCAGUGGCUAUUUGGUCAAAAUGAGGAUAAAAAGGGAACAAUGCUGGCUGAGAACAUCCCAGUACCAUCCAGCCCAGUGCCUAUUGCCACUAUUGACUUGCAGAACCAGACUGAGUCUCAAACAAAUCCUGAAUCUAUGACACCUCCAAAGAAGACCAAGCUCCAGGAAGAGCAGGAGGACACCAAUAAGCCCGCCUGGGUGGUGUCUGCUUCUCCCUGGGUUACCAUUGCUUUUGCCCUCUAUCAGAUCAGAGACAUGGUCGCUAUGACGAAGAACAACAACUGUAUUGAAAGUGAACCCCCGCAGGAGACACGUGAGCAAACCUCAGUAAUGCCACCUGCUGAUUUAUCUACAUCAUCACACCCCAAUUCAUCAUGCCCAACAGAAUUUCCCUCCCCAUUCCAGCCUGCUGCCAGUGCAUUUGUUUUUCAAAACACAGAUCUUGUCAGCCCUGUGAAAGUGUCACCUCCAUCCACAGAUAAAAAGGAACCAGCAGAGAACACAACUCCAUUGCCAGGACACUCAAAACAACUUCCCACAAAACCAGAAUCAACAAUGAACUGAUCUUCUUGGGGAUAUGACCUUAUCAUUUAAAAGGGUAGUUCAGUAUUUUUGGCUGAACUAUCCCUUUUAAGACAGACUGUACGAUGGGAUGUGAAUGGUGAGAAUGACUUUGGACAAAAAAAAAAAAAAAACAUUGUCAACGUGUAUGCUGUUUUAAGGGUUUUGUUUGCCGAGGCAAUACAAUCAAUAUGCUUUGCACUGCCAGUGGAUGUCUUAUCUUUGGUCCAGAUUGCUCGAAGGUCAAAGACAAUGAUGAACACUACACAUUACAAACUGUUUAAUUGUCUGUAAGCAAACAGUUGAGGUGGCCCAGCUUCAGCAUAUUAUACCUGGGAUUCAGUGUUUCAAAAUAGUUGCUUUAUCAUAUGGUUUGAUUUGCUUAUCAUGGUUCUAUUUAACUUGAUCAAAUAAAAAAAAAACUCUGCCCAGUAAAACGCUAAAUCCUUGCUUUGUUCUGUUAUGUGUGUGUGUGUGUGUAUAUACACACACAUAUUAUGUGUAUAUAUACACACACCGUUAUCUGUAAUUUCAAGGUUGUAAAACCAAGUAUAUACAGUAGUAUUCUAUUUGAAGGUAUUUGUUUGCACUGUGUGUGUUGUGUAUCUGUUGUGUAUCAGCGUGACCUCUCAUUCUCCAAAUUACAUUAAAGAAAUGUUUACAUAUGAUGAAACAAUA